GGGCUCAAGAACAAGAUGCUGGACUGCAGAUGUUGAGAACCUACAUGAAACGGGGAGCCCUCCCUGAUGCCCCAACCAGGAAAGCACUGCCUGAGUCGGUGCAGAAGUGGCUAAAACAGUGGAGGCGGUUCCAACUUCGGGACGGAAUGCUGUGCAGAGAGGUGAUGGACGCAAGGACACACGAAAUCUACUUUCAGAUCCUAUGUCCCACAGAAAGACGCAAGGAGGUGUGGCAGAGGUACCACGAGGCAGCUGCUCAUGCUGGGGUGGAGAAGACUCUGUCCAGGAUACGUCGCUUCUUCUAUUGGCCCUGUAUGGAAGGUGAGGUGCAGGAAUUCCAGCUGGGUUGCGCUGUCUGUAGCCUGCGAAAUAGAGAGGCACCUAGAGCUCCUCUACAUCCUAUUAAAGUGUCUUAUCCUUUGGAGGUUGUAGCUUUAGACUUCCUUACUUUAGGGAGGCCCACAGACAGGUAUCAGAACAUUCUGGUCAUGACAGAUCUUUUCACCCACUAUGCGUGGGCAGUGCCCACGAAGGAUCAAACUGCACAGACUGCAGUGCAUGCCCUAUGGGCUCAUGUGAUCCAAACAUUUGGCUGCCCUGCUGGGAAUGGUGGGGUCGAGCGGUUGAAUCAGACUCUGUUGCAUAUGCUUCGUACACUCGAGGCUGAGAAACAACAGAGGUGGCCAGAAUUCCUCCCAGAACUGCUACAAGCAUACAAUAACACUGUCCAUGGUGCUACAGGUUAUGCACCAUCCUAUCUAAUGUUUGGGAGACAUCUGAGACAGCCAGUGGAUGUGAACCUGGGUGUUGACCCAGAGCCCCUCUGUCAUGACCUGAAGGGGUGGGUUAGGGAUCAUUAUCAAAAGUUAUCUUUUGCUUACGAAAUGACAAGGAAGAACAAGAAUAGUGCAGCCACCCAAAAUAAAAGGGUUUAUGACAAAAGGGCUCAAGCCCUGCCGUUAGUCCCAGGGGAAAGGGUGUGGGUAAAAGACCGGGACAGACAGGGCCAGGGAAAGCUCCAUCCAGGUUGGAGUCCUGAACCACAUGUGGUAUUGGAACGUGUGGGUGACACGGGUGUGGUUUAUAGGGUACGUCCAGAAAAGGGAGGGAGGGAAAAGGUUCUUCAUCGGAACGCAUUAAAGUUGUGCAUUACCCCUGCAACGGAUAACUAUUCACCUGCUCCAGAAGACAACCAGGAGGUGCAGACCCUGGUUGAACCGCCAUUUUAUUGUGUUGUUCCUAAUGUUCCAGCUCUGCAGGAUGGAUUACCUGACCUGCGGCGUUCAACAAGGUCGAACUUUGGCCAGCCCCCUGCACGGUAUAGACUUUGAAUAGUGUGCCAGGGACUGGCGCAGUUAAAAUAUGGGGAGAUGUCACACAGUGGAAAUUUGUUUUUGCUUUUUAAGUGUGGUUUUUGUUGAGUGUUUUCGCUGCAUGUUUUGUUUUUUUUUAUUCACUGUGGACUCCGAGAAUUAAUAGCUGAUUCCAGUCACCUGCGCGGGGUGGGCGUGCCUGUAGGCAGCAUACCUGGAACCUGCAAGACGCUGGCUGUGGCUUUUAAAAGGCAGAGGACUUCGCGUUGAGAAGUGAAGAAAAAGGGGAAUCCAGGAAGGUUCGUGACGGAGGACUGCGACCCCGAACGAGCCAGUGGUUGACAGCAGAGGAUACAAUCAGUGGGAACGACGUGUCGGACCGUCAGCGGGCAGAGGGGGAACUCUGCCCUGGUCAGUAAGUAACGUUUCCACUGAUUGUCCUCAGGGACCCUCGCUGGGACAGAUAAAAUAUCCGCUGUUCAGCGAUCGCUCUUCUGGCCAGGUGUUUUUGUCC